AUGUCGUCGGGUUCUUCAUUGGAAAUCGACGGUUACGGUAGUGAACACAUUAAGGGCAAGUGGAGUCAGCGGACUGCCACAGCACCCGAAAACGUAAAGAUAGAAAGCUACUUCCACCAAACGGCGUGGCUGCUUGAUGCUGAUGCCACGCUCUACGUCGUGAACAGCUUCUCCCUCAACAGCUUCCCAACGGUCGCUGCUGACCUGACGCGUGUCAGACGUUCACAAAUGUUCCCUCAGUUCGGCUGGAUGGUUACCAGAGAUUACGCUCAAGAAAUCCUUCACUUUUGGGUAGAUAAUUCGGAUGCGUCCUGGGAUUGGGACUGGCGACUACAAGCAGUGUCCCUGAGACGGGGACGGCACGCCCUGGUACCAGAAGUGUCCCGAUGUUUCCACUCUGGUUCGUCUGGAGCCCACAUCAAUGGAUGGAGUCAGGCUCUCAUAUUCUCAAAUAUGAUCUACAAUCACGACCCGGAAGCGAAGCUUCAAAAUCUACACUUACUCCACGUUGACGUCUAUGCAGAAUAUAUCGCGAGCGAACUUAAACGUGCGAAAGUCAUUUCGAUGGAAGACGGAUUCAACCCCUGCCUCGUGGAAACCUUUCCGGAACACUUGCGCCAAGGUCCAGUCCUAAUAUCUUUAGAGGCCUACACGAUCAGUGAUACCAGAUCGUCCCUCGUCCUACUGGCUAAGUGUCUACACGCGUACCCAGACCACGCGUUUGACCACUACGAAGGUGUGAUGCAGUACACCAUCACUGCCAUCACCCCGCACACCACACUGUACGUCAUGGCCUGCCCUCUGUCUCCCUACUGUGAGGUCAUAGGGGCCCGGAUGACUGCAGAACCACGUGAAGGCGCGUUGGAAGCGAUUUCACAAUAUGAUGAACAUUGGAGACUUUCGAGAUGGCUUAGAAACACAGAAGAGGUCAAGUACUACAGUCACCGUGCAACGUAUUACGGCUUAGGAUGAAAAUCGAAACCAGCAUCAACUUCUUUCGAAGUGCGUCACAAUACCGAGACGACAGAUCAUGGAUUAGGCCUGGGCCACAUCAUUCCACAUGGUUUGCAGGUAUAUGCAAGUCGUAGACUUGAUAACGACGGACACAUUUUCCAAUCAUGAAGUUCGCUCCUUCUAAAUAGAACCAAGCAACUCCGGAUUUCAAAAAUAUUUUUCUUUAGCUCAAGUAAAUACGCUCAUUUAAUACUUUCUGUGCUGAACACGCCAGGGGGAUAAUUUUUCGAUAGGUUCUCCUGCAUUUAUAACCCA